GUCGGCCGUCAGUGAGGCAACAUGGGUCACCAGCAGCUCUACUGGAGUCACCCGCGGAAGUUCGGCCAGGGAUCCCGCUCCUGCCGCGUCUGCUCAAACCGCCACGGUCUGAUCCGGAAAUACGGGCUGAACAUGUGCCGCCAGUGUUUCCGGCAGUACGCGAAGGACAUCGGCUUCAUUAAGUUGGACUAAGCGACCUUGAAUGGAUUCUUCAAGACUCUACCCAGUGGAAAAGAUGAACGCCAGUCUUUGUACAUAAGAAUAAAACAAAGUGAAGACCUUCAAA